AUGACGCCGCCGGCAUCUUCGGCCACGACCGCCCGACAGCAGCCCGACCCCGGCAGCGGGAGCGGCAUCGGCAGCGGCAGCAAACAACAACUCAGUUGCGCCAACUGCCGCCACCGUAAAAUCAAAUGCGACAAGCUGCAGCCGCGCUGCGAGCAGUGCAAGCGCUCUGACCUCGACUGCGUUUUCCCCUCGCGGAAGCGGAACCGCAAGCCUCGCCAGGCCAGGCAGAACGAGCUGCUGAACCGCAUCACACGUCUGGAGAGCAUCGUUAGUAAGGUCGAAUCGGGCAGUCUCGAUGGGCCCUCCAGGCCCUCCAAGCCGGCCGUCGCUGGAGCCGCGUCCACCGGCAGGAGAAGCGCCGGCCCCGUGGUUGAUAUGAACGACGCCGCGCCGUCGCCUUCGGAAGGGUGGGACCCUCAGCCGGCCCCGCCGACCAACUACAUGAGCGCUGAGUUCUGGGAGAACCUAUGCUCGGAGGUUGAAGGUAUGAGACAAGCCCUGGACCAGCCCUCGGAGAGCGAAGCAUCCGAAGAUGAGGACCCGGUGUCGACGGCGAGCCCCGGCUCUGUUGCCGUCAGACCACAAGGCCAGAGCCAGGGCCAGAGUCAGACCCCGCCAGCGCUGCCGGGCUUGCUCUCCAGUAUCGAUUGCCACAGUACCGAGGAGUUGAAGCACCCGCCGCGCGAGCACAUACUGUAUAUGUGCAACGUCUUCUUCUCCAACAUCGACCCGGCGUUCAAGGUCAUCCACCGGCCAACCAUCUCGGCCGAGCUGGAGGCCUUUGCCAACUCGCCAAACAAGCGCGUCGACGUCGCCACCGAUGCCUUGUUCUUUUCCAUGUAUUUUGGUGCCAUCACAGGGCUAUCUCAUGAGGCUUGCCUCGCCAACCUGGGCGAGGAGAGACGCGUUCUCGCCCAGAGGUACAGGGAGGGCGUCGAGAAGGCGUUGCAAAAGGCGGACUUUCUCAACAGCACCGAACUCAGGACUCUCCAGGCGCUGACGUAUUAUGUUUGUUUUCUACGCAGUCACAAUGCCAGCCGAGCCUCGUGGGCCCUCAUCCCACUCGUUGUCCGCCUCGCUCAGGCUCUGCAUCUCCACCGCGACGGCCCCUCGCCCCCACUACCGCCCUUUGAGGCCGAGAUGCGGCGCCGCCUGUGGUGGAUGAUUGUCGUGCUCGACAUCCGUGCCGCCGAGGACCGCGGCACCGAAGCCUCCAUCCCCCGGCAAUCUUACAACACCAGGCUACCAUUCAAUUUAAACGACGACGACUUAAACCCGUCAAUGACGACACCCCUCGAAGACCGAACGGGGCCCACCGAGAUGACGUUCUGUCUCUGCACGUCCAUGUCGUCGGGCAUCUUCGCCAACUUGCGGCCGAAGCACCCGCAGCUCGCCUUGGAUGCCGACGGAUCCUCGGAGCUGGCGACGUCGGAGGACGAAAUCAUGGCGCACGCGCAACGCCUCGAGGCCCUCUUCGGCACGGCACCGCCCAAAACUCCAGCCUCACCGUCCCAGGAGCAGCAACAAGAAGACGUUCGCAACCUCCCCGCUAGCCACGCCGCAGUGACGGUGCGCAUCAUCAUCCUAAAGAUGUGGCUCUCGGCACAGUAUCCCUUCACGCCGCGGGCGUCGACGGCGGCGGCGAAGCCUCGCGUUGCGCGAGAGACGAUGCUCCGCACGGCCGUCAACACGAUCGAGCUCGUUGAGCUUAGCACGGCGACGUACAGCGAGCGCUUCGGGUGGUGGAUCGACAGUUACGUGCAGUGGCACCCGCUCGCGGUCGCUCUGGCAGAGUUGUGCGUCCAGACGCGCGGGGAGCUGGUGGACAGGGCGUGGAAGGUUCAUGAGAGAGCGGAUAGCGGAUACGAGAAGGGGCACACUGUGGAGGCCGUUGAGAAAGUUGCUGAGGAAGGCAAGGGCGGCGAGGGCCGAGGCGUUGAUGGGGGAUAUGAAGUUGGAGAAGCCUUCCGCACCGCCGGCUGUUGGAAGGACAAAAGAGGGGAAGAUGAGGAGGAGGAGGAGGAGGAGGAGGAGGAGGAGAUGGACGAUGGCAGGGAAGAUGAGGAUGCUGACGUCGAUGUUGACGGUAACAACAAAGACGGACAUGGAGAUGGAGAUGGACAUGGACAUAUCGGCGGUGGCUUUCAGCAGGGUUCGAAUGGGCCGGUGCUGCAUCCGGCCCUCCGAACGGACUGCAUCGGCAUCGGAAGCGUCGACGACGGUGGCGGCAGCAUGGUCGGUCCCGGCCCGAACACGGACCCCCAGACCACCUUCAUGACGACGACCACAAACGCCAUCGGCCAGGGAACACCGAUGACGAUCGAUGAACAAUCGCCGCCGUCGCUGCCGCCGGCGGGCCAUGCGAACAUGCCGAGCGUGCCGUACGGGCUGGUGCCCGAGGACAUGGACAUGUUCGCAAGUGGCCCGCCGCUGUGGGACCACCCGCAGUACCUAAUCAACCACUUCGGGAUCCAGAUGAACGCCGGGGAUUUCUCUUGGGACACGAGCACGUGGAACGAUUUUGUCACCGACGCGAACUUGGAGAGGUCGCCAGGGGACGAUUGA